UCUUUUUCCUUUCUCACGGCGCUAUACUUCACCACAAUGGCAGCCCCCAGGAUCAUCGUGCACCACCUCGCGUUCACGCGGUCGCAGCGCGUCAUCUGGGCGCUUGAGGAACUCGGCCUCAAGUACGAGAUCAAGGUACACCACUUUGCGCGCGGCGGCAUGCCGCCGGGCAUCUUUGCGCUCAACCCGGUCGGCAAGGCCCCCGUUGUCGAGAUCGACGGCAAGGUCAUGGUCGAGUCCGGCGCGAUCCUGCACUACCUCCUGACCAACUACGCCAAGCCCGGGUCGGGCAUCGAGCAGACGCCGUCGCAGGAGUCCUACUUCUGGGCGCUGUUCUCGGAGGGCACGCUCAUGUUCCAGGUACAGCCGGGGCGCUUUGUGGGCUUCACGGCCGCGUACCUCCUCAAGAGCGGCGGGCUGAACGAGGACGAGAAGAAGGGCGUCCAGGCGCUCAACGGCGCGUGGCAGGCCUCCGUGUCCAAGACCAUCAAGGCGGCUCUCGGCGUCGUGGAGAAGGGCCUGGUCGAGCACGAGAGCAACGGCGGCUUCUUCUCGGGCAACGCCAACAUUGGCGAGGGUGACUUUAUGAUGGCCUACCCCCUCAUCGAUAUCUCGACGAUGAAGGGCGCGCCGUACACCAUCGGUCCGGCGACCCGUACGUAUCUCGGCCGCGUGACCUCCCGCCCCGCGUUCAUCGCCGCGGCCAAGAGGAUCCGAGAGGAGGAGAAGGCGAACCCGCGCCCGUCCAGUGGCAAGCUGUAGGAAGCAAGUUUGUUUGGGAAUCGUUAGUCUUGGCCUGCCCGUCUCGCCGGAACCUCUGCCCGUGCCACAAUGUAUAC